AUCUAGUAUAUAUCUGAGAUCUCGUAGUUGCAUAAGCAUCUUGAUCAACUCUCAUUUAAUUAUAACUAAGACUAAACUUUUCUUUUUUUUUUGGAUAGAUCAAACACCAAGAGAGAGAAAUAAGAGGUACACGUGCUAGUCUAGGUAGGACACCUAGCUUGUCACACAAAGGAGGUACAGUUCAUCGUGGAACCACACAUGGCAGAGGCUGCCAUACUUCUAGCAAUUAAAAAGAUCGGUGUUGCUUUGGGUGGAGAAGCAGUGAAACUAGCUGGUUCUCUUUUCGCAAAUGAAGUCUCAUUGUUGACGCAAUUACCAAGUAGUAUGAGUCGUAUUGAGAGUGAACUUUCGGUAAUGCAAGCCUUUCUUGGUCAAAUAGAUACUCGAACUGACAACAACCAGGUCCUUGAAGCUUGGGUUCAGAAGGUACGGAAACUAGCAUAUAGUGUUGAGGACAUUAUGGAUGAGUAUGUGCAUCUCAUAGCUCGACAACAAGGGAGUGGGUUGGGAGGUUAUCUUAAAAAAGUAGUCAAGAGAUCCCGAAAUUUGGUUACCUGGCAUCAAAUUGCUGCUCGGCUGAAAGAGUUAGAAAGUAAUUUGGUGCACCUUUCAGAAAUGAAGGAGCGAUGGAUUAAGACAGCAGAAGGAGGAAUGGGUAGUAGUUUAAAUUAUGCCAGCGAAACCCAGCUACAUUUAGCAGACUCUUCUCAUUUCAUUGGUGAAGAUGACCUUGUGGGCAUCGACCAAAACAGAAAAACAUUAAUUGAAUGGCUAUUUGAUGAGGAUCCGGUUAGCUCUAUAAUAUCCGUGUGGGGCAUGGGUGGAUUGGGCAAAACAACCCUUGUCACCAAUGUAUAUAAAAGUGAGGGGAAAAAGUUUGAAUGUCAUGCAUGGAUAUCCAUCUCACAAACUUAUCAAGUGGAUGAUCUUUUAAGAAGAAUGAUAGAGGACCUGCAUGACAAUGAAAAGGUAGACAAAAUUCCAAUCGACAUUAGACGAAUGAACCACAGAAGGUUAGUUGAAACAAUAAGAAGUUCUCUAGACCAGAAAAGAUAUAUGAUCAUACUGGAUGAUGUAUGGGAUCCAGAAGCUUUUAAUGAUAUUCGACAAGCCUUUCUUAACAACAAAGGAAGCAGAAUAAUCAUUACAACUCGGAGUACUGAGGUAGCUUCACUAGCACAUGAUAGUCGGAAGCUUGAGCUGAAGGGGUUGCAAAGCACUCAGGCAUGGGAUCUAUUCUGUAAGAGGGCAUUCUGGAAAGAGAAAGUGAGAGAAUGUCCUCAAGAGCUGGAGGAGUUAGGGGAGAAAAUUGUAUCAAAAUGUCAAGGGUUGCCACUAGCUAUCGUCUCUUUAGGCAGCCUUCUGUCCCUGAGGGAGAAAACCAAGUCAGAAUGGGGGAAAGUUUAUGAUCGGCUGAGCUGGGAGUUGAAUCACAACCCAAAUUUGGACAAUGUGAAGCAUGUUUUGAAUCUCAGCUACAACUAUCUACCGAGAUAUCUUAAGAACUGCUUCUUGCAUUGCAGCAUGUUCCCGGAGGAUCAUUUGCUUCAGAGAAAGAGGCUUAUGAGACUGUGGGUCGCAGAAGGAUUUGUGGAGGAAAGGGGAUCAAGCACAAUGGAAGAAGUGGCAGAGGACUAUCUUAAGGAGCUCAUCCAUCGAUGCAUGCUUCAAGUUGUAAGAAGGAAUGAAUUUGGUAGAAUAAAACACUGUCGAAUGCACGAUAUUGUACGAGAGUUGGCUGUAUCACUGUCUAUGAAGGAAAAUUUCAGUGUGGUACAUGACGAUCUUCAGAUGGUGGUGAAGGCGGGUGAUGAGAAACGUCGUCUGUCAGUGCACAAAUGCGGUAACCAACUCCUGUCGAGCAUGGAGUUGCCAAGACUUCGCACUUUCACGGUGUUUGACCCUGCAAUGUCCGCAUCGUCAUCCUUGUCUUCGCUGUGUUCCAGCUCGAGAUAUUUGACCGUCUUAGACCUACAAGGCAUCUCGAUUGAGAGAGUACCAGAUGAAAUCGGGGACUUAUUCAAUCUGCACUUUUUGGGUCUGAGGGAGACGAAGGUGAAGGUGCUACCUAAAUCCUUGGGAAGGCUUCAUAACCUACAGACGCUCGACAUCUCCCAAAGUGAAAUAGAGAAACUGCCAAGCACGAUAAGAAAUCUCAAGAAGUUGCGUCACUUGUUUGCCGAGAAGGUUCCAGAUCCAAGUGAUGUGACUGUAAAUUCGGGUAGAGGUGUGCAAGGUCUGAAGGGACUGUGGAAUUUGAAAGACCUGCAAACUCUCCAAGCAGUGGAAGCAACCAUGGAAUUUGUGGAACGGCUAGGGAACUUGACCCAACUAAGAAGCGUUCGGAUAUGGAAAGUGCGUGGCAUCCAUUGCAAGCACCUAUGCGCUUCGUUAUCAAGGUUGCGCUACCUAUACUACUUGUCCCUUAAUGCAAGCAACGAGAAUGAGAUUCUCCAGUUGGGAGGCUGGGAUCAUCAACCUCAGCAUCUUGUAAAGCUUAAUCUGAACGGGCAGCUGGCUGAAGGGACGAUGGAUUUGCCCUUAUUUCGUGCACUUGGAUCCAGCCUUCGAAAAUUACAUCUGGGUUGGAGUGGGUUGAGAGAGGAUCCACUUCGAUCCCUCUCUCAGUUGACCAGCCUUGUACAACUCGUACUGUACGAGGCAUAUGAUGGGCAACAAUUGUGGUUUCGUAGCGGAUGGUUCCCUAACUUGAAGCGACUCAUUUUAUUCGAUAUGCCGGAACUCAAUCAAGUGGAGGUAGAGGAUGAUGCCAUGGCAAGCCUGAAUUUCUUACGCCUAGAUGACCUACCUAAGUUAAAGGAUGUUCCUAGAGGCAUUGAAUAUCUCACAUCCCUCCAGGAACUGCACUUGAUGGAUCUGCAUCCAGAAUUCAGAGGGAGGUUCGAAGAAAGCAACGAUAAGAACAAGGUUCAGCGCAUCCCUAAUGUCUAUUAUAUUUUCAUGAGAGGGGACCAAACAGUAUAUGAAAGCCUUUCAUGCUCCGUCUCUCUGCCCUAGCAUCUGGACCGCCAAGAAAUUCAUUUUAUGGAGUCUCUUUCUAUGUUAUGAUGGAUUUUGCCCAUAAAGAUUUGUCUUCCAUGUGUUAUAUGUAUUGGUGUUUUCACUUUCUCUCUCCUAUUCUAUUAGGACCUAUUAAACUUAUUCAAAAUGUGGUAUUUUUAGGUGCUAAUGUAAUCAUGACAAUGUGUGGUAUUUGUUUACAUGUAAGAGAGAUAUUUAUACUUAUCACUGUUUAUUUUAGUUUGUUUAAGUA